GUGUUGCUACCAUACCAUAAAAAGCCAAAACAACCGACUGCUCGCUGAGCUCCUUGCGCCUUGACUGAAGACGAAUCCAGAACAGAGAGCAAGCGAAAAAGGCGCUGUUCCAUUUCGCAAGAUGAAGCUCGUUACCGUCGGCUUCCUUCUCUCCUUCGUGGGGUAUUGCCUCGGCGACUGUUAUAUGCAUUUUCCAAGAGGUUCAAACAAUCGACUGAACGAAAAAUCAGCAAACCGAAGAAACGCAAACAGAGUUUUUGAUUCCCAAAACAACAACAGAGGUGGGUACAAUGUUGGAGACAAGACUGACAGAGCAUUUACCGUCGAGAGCCAACAAUACCAUGAGACAUUCUUCACAAGCAGUGCUCAAUCAAGACUGCCUUCAGGUAAUGGCAAGAGCUUCUUGGACAUAGAAUGGACAAAUCAACAUGGAUGCGGUGGAAACGAAGACACAGACCCACACAAACUUAACUGCAACAUGGUCAUCCAGUAUCUUUGUCAGCAGGAUAACUCGUUACCGGCUGGACACAGGCUUAAACUACGCAAUGGGCGCACGACAGCUACUCCUAACUUCAGAGGGGGACGUGCCAACGAGAGAAUGGCCACAACACUCAAUAGAAUGAACGGCGACCUUGACCCUAAUAGAGUACUCCAUGAACAAUGGGCCUGGUACGACAAAUGUAGCCGAAGGGACAGAAACUACGGAUUGUUCACCGCUGACCAGAAUGUUCGUAAAGGAUCAGCAAGAUUUACAAGGCAGAAUCGAAAUGGAAACAGGAGAGGGUAUGAAUGCCCAGAGGAGCGAGAUUAUUACCCAUAUUGGCACCCCACAGAGUGGAAGGACAUUGCUGUUCUUGCAGAGAAUUCAUCAAGAUGCUCCUUCUACCAGAGUGAAAGUUUCAACGUCAGGCCUCGACAUGAGUGCAUUGAGAAAGACUCUACUGGCCAGUACAUGUUGUCUUCUAAAUACAACAACCAGAAGGAAUGCGAAAGCAAAGGUGGCGAAUGGCUGGAUUUUUACAACUUUCUUGAACGUGCUCCACAACACACAACCGAGGCAGCUUGCCAAGCAGCCUCCAGGAAUGGGGUUAAAUACAUCUGGGGCCGUACACUGUUCUUUCCACAGAAGAAGGAAUGUCUUGUCGCUCUCCCUCCACCAGACUGCAAGGAGGCAAUGUGGUCACGUGUUAAUCAUCUUGGUAAUGGAAGAGGAGGCCAGCCAUUGAGUUACCGCUGGACCAUACCCCAUUUUCCUUCAGGGGAUAAGCAGAGAUGUGUGUUACGUAUAAGGUACAACAUUUCAACGGAUGAUUACGACCCUAUCAAGACUGAUUCGAGAUUUAACCGAGACCCAAGCAAAGGUGUUUUCUCCCCAGUCGAGAACAACCCUACAGUUAACGUUGGUGGGAGCAACUCCCCACUUCGCCUUGCCAUUAAUACUGCUCAAUAUGGCCGCACGUUCCAGGAUCGCACCCAUAUAUUCAUGUUGGAAAAACGUCCGUCGUCAAGCCUUGAUUCAAAAACAAUAUAUAAUAUGGGUGUCCGUGGAAAACGAGGCAACAUUGUGCAGACAUUUCCAGCAGUAGAGUAUGAUUUCUUCCCAACGAAUCUGACAUUGAAAAGAGGAGAACUGGUACAUAUCCAGUGGACUGGGUCAAAUUCACACAAUAACGGGGCGCCUGGAGGAGAUGGACAGACUGGUGAUGCCGGCGAAGGAACUGGAGGAACUGACCGUAGCAACCUUGUCGAAGUCAAGGAUCUCAACAACAAUUUCCCUCUUCCUUUUGAAAACACGCAAAUGUUCAAAAACGCCAAAGUGCAUUGGUCAGCUUAUGCCGAUGCCAACUUCUUGAAAAGACUGAAUGACGAGGAUAUUGCAGUCACUUUUGCAAGUUCCGGGUAUUAUCGAUGCGUAAAGAACGCUGUCUGUGGUAGAGAGUCUGUUGAGGGAAAAACGCAGAUGAAUAAUUUGCUGAACAACGCACCAGCCUCGUUUGGAGGGAUGCUUAUUGAAUUCUCAAAGGGCAAAUACCACUACAUUUGCACCAGAAACAACAGUUUUACCAACAGAAGCCAAAAAGGGACACUCGAAGUUGAAUAGUGUCUCUUGAAGAGUAGGCAUGAUUGGACAAUUUGUUGCCUUUAAAUAUUUGCACGUUAUUUUGCAUGGUUCUCAAUUUUAUGUAGAAACAUUCCUUUUUCGGGUGCCUUGAAUCCUUCUGUGAUGCCUAGAACUUUACUGAGGGUACUGGGCCUUAAACGACAAUGAACUAGGCAAUUUUAGUGCUAAUCGCUACAAUCAAAACUGUUUGCAUUAAUUUUUCUUUUUAUCUUUUAUAUCAUCAUUUGAAAUAAUGCACUCAAACAGUAGCCAUUA